AUGAAAGACAUAACAACCUUCACUUCAACAACAACAACAACAAUGGACCCCAGAAUCUGGAGCAAACUACCUCCUGAUGUUGUUGAACACAUUCUUCUGUUACUCCCUCUCAAGACUCUCUUGAACCUCAGACCCACUUGCAAGGCCUUCUCCUCUCUUCUCUUCUCUCCUUCCUUUGUUUCCAAACACUCUUCAUCAUCGUCUUCUUCUUCUUCCUCACCCUUCUCUUCCUUUCUCUUACUCUCACACCCUCAGUGCCCUCUCCACCUUCGUCUCUACGAUUCCAACCUUUCAUCGUGGCGCACUAUCUCUCCCUCUCUCCCUUUCUCUUCUUCCUUCUCUCUUGUAUCUUCCUCCGGUGGCCUCUUUUGUCUCUUCAACCCCUCUUCCCCUUCCUUUCUCGUAUGCAACCUCUUUGUCAAGUCCUUUAGAAGAAUCGAAUCCCCAACUCACUCCCUUCACUUGACCCACCUUACUUUUGUCACCACCCCUUUUGGCUACAACCUACUUCUCCUUUCUUCAAAGUCAACCUCCAACACUGCCUUUGUCUACAACUCUAACGACCUCUCGUGGCGGCGCUUCAAGGGUUUCGAUGCUAUUCUCAGCGACAGUUGUCACCAGCAGGGUACUUUCUUCCACGGGGGGGUGUACUUCACCACCCCGGAACCGUUCUCGGUGGUGCGUUUUGACUUGGAGAGUGGGAAGUGGGAGAGGCACGUGGCUGAGUUGCCCCAGCAACUCACUUUCGUGAGUCUGGUGAGUGACGACGAUGGAGAGGGGAAGUUGUAUCUGGUUGGUGGGGUUGGAACCGAUGGGAUCUCCAGGAACAUCAAGCUGUGGGAAUUAACGGGUGAAGGGGUUUGGGUGGAAGUGGUGUCGUUGCCUGAGAUUAUGCGUAGAAAAUUUGUAUCGGUUUGUUACCAUAACUAUGAACAUGUUUAUUGCUUCUGGCAUGAGGGUAUGAUCUGCGUUUGCUGUUACAUGUGGCCAGAGAUAUUGCACUACAGUGUUUCCAAGAGGAGUUGGGAUUGGCUUCCAAGGUGUCCCUAUUUGCCUCUCAAGUGUACCACUGCUUUCAAGUGGUUUUCUUUUGUUCCAAAGCUCUAUGCUUCGGUCUGA